UGAGUUGACUCGUGUGUACAUACAAGUCAAACGAGUUUGAAAAACUUUGCUAUUAUUUUUGAUUUUACGAAGUUAAAAAUUGUGAUUAUGCACGUGGUUAUGAAGGACAGUAACGUGAAAGAAUACUUAGUAUUUUUUAAUUGUUAAAAUCGAACGAAGCUUAUAUUUUUAAGAAUUUAUGAGCAAUGGAAAAUUUACCGUCUGACAGUAUUUUACAUCAAGCAAUUACGGAAAUUAACGAGCCGGUAUUGUUUAAAAAAAUAUUGCAAGAUUUAAAAGAUGAGUAUUCAUGGAAACUAUUUGAUUGGAGUUUAUUGGAGUUUGCUGAAAAAGUGGGAGACACUAAAUUGCCCUUUCGAAUUGGUUAUAAUGCUAGAUCUACGAGUCCUCAAUGGGAAGAAAAUUGUUCUGUAAUUUCUAUGACAUUAUCAGAAUUUAUUAAGAAUGUAAGUGUUAAUGAAAAUGACACAAAAUGGUAUUAUUUUGAUUAUAAGUAUAUGCAAGAAUGGUUCAAAAAUAAGCCAGAUAUAAUAAAUUCAAUAACUUGGAAAAUGUUUGGUAUCGAUAAAGAUGGUACCGAUUCUACUCUUUGGAUUGGAAAUAAAGGUGCCCAUACAAAUUGCCAUCAAGACUCUUAUGGUUCUAAUUUAGUAGCACAGAUUCAUGGAAGGAAGCAAUGGUUACUGUUCCCUCCAGAUUCAACCAGGUACCUCCAACCAACAAGAAUUCCUUAUGAAGAAUCUACAGUGUACAGUAAAUAUAAUUUCUUCUGUCCUACAGAAGACAAUGAGAUAAACAUAUUAAAAAUACAGGAAAGACCAAAAUUGGUAACUCUUGAACCAGGAGAUGUGUUAUUUGUUCCUCCUGGUUGGUGGCACUAUGUUGAGUCGCUUGAUCUUACUGUUAGUGUAAAUGUAUGGUUACCAGUAGAAACAGAUCAUAUGUCACGAGUUAAAGAAGCUAUUGUUAAACUGGUAAUAGCAGGAAUUGGAAAAAGUGUCUGUAAUAUGACCAAUGAAGCUGAGUGUUCAUUAUCUGAUUGCACAAAUUUGCUAAACAUUGCCCUUGAGCAGUACAAAAAUAUGGAAGCUGUAGAAUCACCCUGUAAAAAGAUGAAACAUACUGCAUGGACAGCAACAGAUUUAGCAGCCCAAUAUCCAAUAUAUGUAAAACUUCUUCAUGAACUUGAAGCAACAGAGUUGGAACAAUUUCUAAAAACGAACAGAAGAAGAUUUUCUGAAAGUAGUGUUGAACUAUUAAAAGAUCAAGAUGUACAAAAUAUAUUUCCUAGAACUCAACAAUUGUCUAAAGAUAUUGUUAAUGCACUUUGUCAUCCUGAUGUUGUUAAUAAAGUUACAGAAUUACUUUUAUCUUAAAUGUAUAUAUUUAUCGUUUAAGAAAUAGUAAUUAAAUAUUUUUAUAAGCUAUUUUCGUUACAAAUAUUUAGA